UGAGUGUGUGAGUGAGUAAGAAAGAACGAGGAAAAGAGGGAGUGUGUGUACAUGUAGCCGGAGAGGGAGAGAGGGAAAGAAGAGAGAGAUAAGUUAGGAGUUAAAGAAACCGAAUCGGUUUUUGGUGAGAGGGAAAAGCUAAAAAAAAGGAGAAAGAAAUAAAGAAAGAAACAUCGGCCAGUUGAAUUGACCGGGGCGCCAAAGGAAGAGAAGAUUUUCCCAUAUAUUGUGUUUUUGGAGCUGUUAGAAUAAAAGAGGGACGCGGCGUUAUUAAGUCACACUGAUCUGAUGAUCAUGACGGCAGCUGUCGAUAUGAAACCGACGUUAACAAUCAUAAAGGCUGAAAAAAUGGACGAUCCGGAGUGCGGCGAUGUCCCCCUGUUAACUCCAGGAAGUAAAGAGAUGAUGUCGCAGGCUCUGAAGGCCACCUUCAGUGGCUUCACAAAAGAACAGCAGCGGCUGGGUAUUCCCAAAGAUCCCAGACAGUGGACAGAAAACCAUGUGGCUGAGUGGCUAACGUGGACAGUGAACGAGUUUAGUCUGAAGAACGUUGAAUUCAACAAAUUCUGCAUGAACGGAGCCAGCCUGUGUGCGAUGGGGAAGGAACGCUUCUUGGACUUAGCACCUGACUUUGUUGGUGACAUCCUUUGGGAACAUUUAGAAAUGCUUCAAAAAGAGGAUACAAAGCAUUAUCCCAUCAAUGGACUGACCUCCAACUUCCAGGAAUCCCGUUAUACCUCAGACUACUUUGUCAGCUACGGUGUUGAGCAUGCUCAGUGUGUCCCUCCUUCUGAAUACUCAGAGCCCGGCUUCAUCACAGAGUCCUACCAGACGCUUCAUCCCAUCAGCUCAGAGGAAUUGCUGACGCUCAAGUAUGAGAGUGAAUACCCUGCUGUCAUCCUACGGGACACGCCCCUCAACCCGCUGCAGGGGGACUACUUCUCUGUCAAGCAAGAGGUGGUAUCCCCUGACAACAUGUGUGUGGGACGCCUCAGCAGAGGUAAGCUCGGCGGCCAGGACUCCUUUGAGAGCAUUGAGAGCUUUGAGAGCUGUGACCGAUUGACCCAGUCGUGGAGCAGCCAGUCUUCAUUCAGCAGCCUGCAGCGAGUACCUUCGUAUGACAGCUUCGACUCGGAAGACUACCCCACCGCCCUGCACGGCCACAAGCCCAAGGGCACCUUCAAAGACUAUGUGAGGGAGCGCUCAGACCUCAGCAAGGAUAAACCCGUCAUCCCAGCAGCGGCUCUGGCAGGAUACACAGGCAGCGGCCCCAUCCAGCUGUGGCAGUUUCUUCUGGAGCUGCUGACCGACAAGUCUUGCCAGUCCUUCAUCAGCUGGACAGGCGACGGCUGGGAGUUCAAGCUCUCCGACCCAGAUGAGGUUGCCCGGAGGUGGGGCAAGAGGAAAAACAAGCCCAAAAUGAACUAUGAGAAGCUGAGCCGUGGCCUGCGCUACUACUACGACAAGAAUAUCAUCCACAAGACAUCGGGGAAACGCUACGUCUACCGCUUUGUCUGUGACUUAAAAAGCCUGCUGGGGUACACUCCCGAGGAGCUGCACGCAAUGUUGGACGUAAAGCCUGAUACGGACGAGUGAAAGUGAAGCUGAAACAGGAAGUGAGGACAAACGUUAAGGAGCCACAUGGACUGGGGCUCAUAAAGUGGUCUUAACUGUUUGAUAGCAUCGGUAAACCAUUUUUUCUUGGGGACCAAAAUGUUUUUAACGGCUAACUGUGGUCUUUGUCAACUUCGAGCUCCUGUCUCUCAGACCAUGUUUUCAAAAGAAGGCACAACCCAAAAGCCUGUAUUCAUACUCUGUUGCAGUUGAGAUGUGUGUGCGCGCAUGUGUGUGUGAGCGUGCGUAUGUGUGAUAUAUACCGGUAUUAUUUAGCAGCUCAAGGCAGAUGGAGCGCUAUCGGGUAGAGUUCGGGUUCCAUUCUGCCUAAGUAGCACAGUGGGGAGACGAGCACAGCGGGGCAGAAAGUUCCCGCUAAGAAAAAUGGUUGCCAAAAUGUAAAAAAAAAAAAAAAAA